CGGACAGCUCCCCGGAUGCGGCUGUGAUUGACUAUACCAGGCAAAAAGAGAUCGAAAGCCAAGUGGCGGUGCUGCAGCCCCAGUGGUCGUAGGCAGGAUGCAGACCAUAAAGUGUGUGGUGGUGGGUGACGGGGCAGUGGGUAAAACUUGUCUACUCAUCUCUUAUACCACCAAUGCCUUCCCAGAAGAGUAUAUUCCCACAGUGUUUGACAACUACAGUGCCCAAAUGAGCGUGGAUGGCCGCACUGUCAGCCUCAACUUGUGGGACACGGCAGGCCAAGAGGAGUAUGAUCGCCUGCGCACUCUCUCCUAUCCCCAGACCAAUGUCUUCAUUAUCUGCUUUUCUAUUGGCAGUCCCUCUUCCUAUGCCAAUGUUAGGCACAAAUGGCACCCUGAGGUGUCUCAUCAUUGCCCCAACGUACCCAUCCUUCUUGUAGGCACCAAGAAGGACCUGAGGGGUGAUGCAGAAACGGUGAAGAAGCUGAAGGAGCAGGGCCUCGCCACAACCACUCACCAGCAAGGCAACUCGCUGGCUAAGCAGAUUGGGGCUGUUAAAUACAUGGAGUGUUCUGCUCUGCAGCAGGAUGGUGUCAGGGAGGUGUUUGCUGAUGCUGUGAGGGCAGUGUUGUAUCCAGUUACGAAAAAGAACCCCAAGAAGUGUGUGCUCUUGUAAGAAAUAGUUCCCACUUCUGGACUGUUAAGAGAGAUGAUGGAGAUCCACAGAUGCAAAGGAAAGCUGAGGAAUGGUGGUUGUCAUCUGGCUGCCUGCAUGCCACGACCAGCAGUGCAGACUUUGUUUUCAGCGCCUCUGUUACUGCUCUCUUCCUUAUUCAUCUCUUGGAGGAUUUCUCUCUGUUGCCAUCAUCACCAAAGUGACUAUGCCAAAAUGCGGCAACUCACUGAAUCUCCUUCUAUUUUUCUUACAUUAAACUUUUUAUAUUUACACUUUUUCCAAUUUUACAUCUGUUCUAGAUUUAUAGCUUCUCUGCUUUGCUUUAUAAAAUGCUGAUCAUGGUUGUCACAAGCCAUAAUAACAUCCAAACAAACCAAUCAAGCUGGCCUGUUUGACUGGAGAGAAGAGAUUGAACUAUGUUCAGGUGGAGGAAUAAUGACUACCUCAUAGUCACACUUAAGUUGCAUCUCAUGGGUCUCGAGCAACAUCACCAUCAAAAUGCUUUAACUCGCUGAUUUAAAUGUAAUAAACAAACUAUAGGGUGAGCAAGUUUUAAUUCCAAGCAGUUCGAGUUUAGACGAGGUGUAUGGCUCCUGGAUAAAUGCCAGUACCCCACAAUAUGCACAAAUUAGAGUUGCAGUUUCCUUUGUGCUCGGUCUGGUAUGUCAGAGCUGUCUGUCCGGCUGCUGCUCCGGCCUCUCGCACUGCUCCCUCAUUGCCACAUGUAAGAGCCUGUAAGCCUUUGAUGAUAAACUGCACCAGUAGAAGCAGCCGACCAUUUUUGCUUUUCAGUCACAGAGAAGCAGGUGUAUGAAGGCCUCUGCCAAAUUAAUCCACAAGGGUGCUGGAUCUUACUGGGCUAACAGUCAGGUUGUAGUUCAGCUCUCCUCUGUCUUCGUCCUAACUCUUGAUGCUCACAUGAGUGCCAUGAAAAACAUGCCUAAGAAUCGCUCUUUGACAGGGUGCUGUCAGAGAGACUUUAUUUUGUCUAAUUAUGUUAAAUUUACUCUGUAAAUGUUUUAUUUUCCUCAAAUGUUUUUAACCUACAAGUGUGAUAAUGGCCAAAGUUGAAUAUAUUUUUUGUAAUAGCCUAUGUUUUAUUACUACUCAGAUUUGAUAAACAUCAACAUUUUCAAUUAUGUUUUUGCCUUACAUUUAAGGUUAGCAAACUAUUACCACUGCAUAAUUGAUUUAGUAUAGCAUAUAAUACCAGAAUACCUUUAAACUGGCUUAUACUAGGCUGUAUACUUCUUUUCCUAUAGUGUCUUGGUUAGAUGAAUAUCAUUUCAUCUCGGAAGAAGCAGCAUCUCAGCUGCCUGGUUAACCAUACAACAGCAGUUUAUCUACAAUGUGGAAAGAGCUAAACCAGGGACCAUCCUAGAACCCCGUUGUCAAGCCCAAAGUUGGUCACAUCACUGCUAUAAGUGCCACAAGACCUUUUUAGAUGAAGGUCAAACCAUCUCUGGGUUUCAUUUGUGAAAAAAAAAAAAAUCAGAAACCUUCUGCCUUUGUUCCUAAUUGCGUCACUCUUUGUAAGACACAGGUGCUAAACUGACAUGUUGCUCGGCAAGUGUUUUCGCAUUUUUUGAAAUGGAGUGCUCACGGCCCACAGCCCUUAACAGAUUGUGGUUUGCAUCCCUGCAUUGCAUAGUGCAAUGAGAGCAAAGCGCAAGCACAGCUUGCAAACUUGUUAAGUAAGAGCUGUGUCAGUGAUAAGUGCCUUGUGUGAUUUUUAUACUUUUUAUAAAAUAAUAUUUUAGUAAUGAUUGGCUGUUCAUUUGUGCUUUCAGCUGCCAGUAAUAAAAGCACCCCUCAUAAAAAGUUAUAUUCAUUUACACAAGUGGGGUGUUAAAUAAGAACCUAUUUUGUGGCCUGUGUAAAGUCUAGAAUAACUAAAGCGCAACACGAGUGGGUGGUUUUGUGUAUCAGCAGUGAUCGGAUUGAGAUUUGCUUAAAGAUGUGUGAACAUUUUUGCAGAUCAGUGUGUGGAGGGUUUUAUGUAAGUGCACAAUUUGUCAAACUGUCAACUGUGGCAAACUUGUUUUUUUUGUUUUUUUUGCCACGUCCUGAUUUCACUCAGAUAAUGCUGUUGAAGUGGAACAUACACCUGUGGGCUCGGUAUGUGGGUGUCCCAUAGUUGUAUGAUACCGUGUGCGUGGUACUGCGCUUUUACACUGGGAACUUGAUUUGUAGAGAUCUGUUUGUAAUUGUUUUAUAUAUAACAAAAGCAUAUUUGUAUAAAUGAACUAACAGUGAGAUGAUUUUAAAUUAUGCCAAAUAAAAUGUUGGUUAAAACCA